CAUCGUUGAACUUCCAACUUUCAAUUUCUCUCUUAGUCUGUAGCCGAAAUCAUGGGCCGUAUAAAGAAGAAGGGAACAUCCGGUGCUGCCAAAAAUUACAUUACCCGCACCCGUGCCGUCAAAAAGUUACAGAUUUCUCUCCCAGAUUUCCGAAGGUUAUGUAUCUUCAAAGGUAUAUACCCCCGAGAACCGCGGAAUAAGAAGAAAGUCUCCAAGGGCUCCACCGCCGCCACCACCUUCUACUAUACUAGGGAUAUACAAUAUCUCUUUCAUGAGCCUCUUCUGAACAAGUUCCGUGAACACAAGGCGGUUGCGAAGAAGAUUGGACGAGCCCUUGGCCGUGGUGAGGUCGGAGAUGCCGCUAGACUGGAGAAAACCCACAUACCCAAGAUCAAGCUUGACCUCAUUAUAAAGGAGCGAUACCCGACAUUUGUCGACGCAUUGCGUGACCUGGAUGAUGCACUGUCGAUGCUGUUCCUCUUUGCCAACCUUCCUUCUACCCCACACGUACCGUCGAAGACUAUCGCCCUCUGCCAGAGACUGUGCCUCGAGUUCCAGCACUACGUAAUCAUCUCACAUUCACUUCGAAAAUCGUUCCUUUCGAUCAAGGGCAUCUACUACCAGGCAACUAUACAAGGGCAGGAUAUACUGUGGCUUGUUCCCUAUCGAUUUGUGCAAAGGACUGCCGGAGACAUUGAUUUCCGUAUAAUGGGCACGUUCGUCGAGUUUUACACGACACUCCUGGGCUUCGUGAAUUUCCGAUUGUACACAUCGGUUGGCCUGGUUUAUCCUCCAAAAUUUAAUGCCAAGAGUGAUGAAGAGGGCGGAGAGCUUGGAGCUUUCCAAUUGGAAGGCAAGGGCGUGGCUUCAGGCGAUGAGCAUGUCACAAACGGCAACGCACCAGAGGCUAUCGCGUCUGACCGGGCGCAGGCAGAGGCUGACAAGGUUGCUGCCCUACCAGAUUCAGAAGAAUCAGACACAGCGACAGCGCUUGUGCAGACCGGGGAAGACGAAAACACGGAAGCGAUCGACACGUUCGAGCCUACCGCCCAAGAUGCCGACACCCUGCCUCAGCCCCAAGCUAGCAGUGCCGAAUUGGCGUCCCUCUUUGCCCCGUUCACAUUCUAUCUUUCGAGAGAGACACCAAAGGCACCUCUUGAAUUUAUAUUGAAGGCGUUUGGAUGCAAAAGGGUUGGUUGGGAUAGCAUCCUCGGUGAUGGCGCUUUCACGACAAACGAGUCGGACACUGCAAUCACUCACCAAAUCGUUGAUCGACCAGCCCUUCUUAACUCCUCGCUUCCAGAAGUCCCAGAUGCACCGGAGACCGCGAACGGCGAUGCACCGAAAGCACAAUGGCCGCGCUCAGCGAUGCCGGGCCGAACCUACAUCCAACCUCAAUGGGUAUGGGACUGCAUUAACCAAGGAAAGUUGCUGCGACCAGAUCUCUAUGCGCCAAGUGCAGAGUUACCACCUCAUCUUAGUCCAUGGGUAAAGCCAAGUAAGGGAGAGUACAAUCCAAACAUUCCUCUUGAGCAACAGGAACUAGAAGGCGAAGCAGAAGCGUUUGAAGAGGAGGAAAUGGAAGAGAGUGCCGAUGACGGUGACUCGGAUAUUGCGGCUGCCCCUGCCGUGAAUGGAAAGAACAAGGACAUUGAGGCUAUUGUGGACCGCGAUAGCUCGGUGGAGGCUGGUGAGGGCAUGGACCUUGCCGAAUCGGAAUCGGACUCCGACGUGAGAGAGGAAAAUGAAGAUACCGAGAAGGCCCAAGGUGAUGAGUGGGACGGUUUCGAGUCAGAUGCAGAAUCCGACAUCUCUGAAGGAGAGGUUGAACGGCGUCAACAUCAACGCGAACUCGAGGCAGAAGCUGCUGGUGUCAGUGUAGAACUCUCACUGCCCACAACUAAAUCUAAAAACGCGAAGGUUAGGAAGAAGGCGGAGAAGAAGCGGAAACAGGAGGAGGAGGAACGGGAGCGGCAGAAGAUGAUGCUUCCACGACGGAAGAGGAAACUGUUGAAGAGGAUCGAGCAUGGAACAAAUAAGCGGGACAAGGAGGCUGAGAAUCUGAGGAGCAAGAGGAGAAGGAUUGAGAAGGCGAGCUCCAGUGCAAUCGCGCUGUAAACAAUAAAAGCUAAGUUAGCCCAUUUUGUUGUGGACAUAAGAGGCGCUUGGCGUUCCUAG